ACAUUAUCUGAUUUCAAAUUUCAGUAAAUUUAAUUUAAAAUAUAUUUUCAAUUAAAUAAUUUUUUUGUGUUAAUAAAUUUGUAAAAAUAUCAAGAUUUUAGAUAAAUCUUUUCCGGUAAAAAUUAAUUUAAUCUUGAAGUAAUUAUUUAACAAGUUGUGCUUCUAUGUCCAUAAAACAGAGAACUGAACAGAUUUUUAAAUAGUUAUCAAGAUUUUUUAUCAAACAUAUUGUUGUUACUAAUUGUCACUUGUUUCUUUGUGACCGAAAAAACUAUUCCACCUCUGCUGAUAACGUAAGGUUAGAAACAAUGGAAUUAAAGUGUACUGUUCAACAUUAUGAUUGGGGCAAAAAGGGAAUGAACAGUAAAGUUGCGCAAUUUUUAAAGGCAGCUAAUCCUGAGAUUAAAAUAGAUGAAGACAAGCCAUAUGCUGAACUGUGGAUGGGAACACAUUUAAAUGGACCAUCAGUAUUAAAAAAUACUGGAGAACAUUUACAUGAAUAUGUGGGUAAAAAUGUUACGAUUUUGGGAGAUAAAGUAAGGAAAACUUUUGGCGAUUCUUUACCUUUUUUAUUUAAAGUUUUAUCUAUUGAUAAAGCGUUAUCUAUACAAGCGCACCCAGACAAGCAAUUGGCUACCAAUUUAAAUAAAUUACAUCCAACCAUUUACAAGGAUUCAAAUCAUAAACCUGAACUUGCUAUAGCUCUAACACCGUUCAAAGCACUUUGUGGUUUCCGACCUGUUACUGAAAUACAAAAUUUUGUUAAUACCAUACCGGAACUUCAUAAUAUUAUUGGUGAUAAUACAGCCGAGCAUUUCAUUGGCUGUAAUGAAGCUGAUGCUAAGAAAUAUUUGAAAAAAUGCUUAGAAAGGAUUUUAACUCAUCAUUCUGACUCUACUGCUUCACAGAUAAAACACUUUAUAAAUCGGCUGUCAUCAAUGGACGAAUCCAGUAGAGAAAUGCUUCAUGCUUCCAUCUUAGAGAGAUUAAAUGCAGAUUUUCCUGGGGAUGUAGGAUGUUUUGGAAUUUACUUUUUUAAUUUAAUAGAAUUGAAACCUGGUGAGGCUAUAUAUCUUGGCCCAAAUGAACCACAUGCUUAUCUGUCUGGAGAUUGUAUUGAAUGUAUGGCUUGUUCAGAUAAUGUCGUUCGAGCUGGAUUAACUCCAAAAUUAAAAGACGUUCCAACCCUCAUCGAAAUGUUAACAUAUCAAUGUGAACCUGGAUCACAAAAGUUAUUUAAAUCAAAAAUUCUGAUGAAUAAUAAUUUUGCUCAAAUUUUUCAACCACCCAUUGAUGAUUUUUCCAUUAUACAAAUAAAUAUAACUGACAAUACUAUAAAAGAGUACAAAAUGAUACCUUUGAACUCAGCAUCUAUCUUACUAAUCACUGAAGGAAAAAUUGAAAUAGACAAUAAAAUUUACCAGAAAGGAUCUGUGUUAUUUCUUGGGGCCAAUGAACAGUUACAACUGAAAAUACUGAGUGAAAAAUCACCGACAGUUAUAUUUCAAGCAUCUGCCAAUGUUUAAGCUUACUUUUUUAUGUAAACCAAAGAACUUUAUAGCAAUAAUUAUAAGUAAUGAAUUAUAUUUUUUAAUGAAAAAAA